UUUGAGUAAAUAAGUCAACAUGGCAAGCAUUUGGCUCAAACUGUUGCUGCUCGCUUUAUGCUUAGUGCAUGUCCGCCUUGAUGAUAUCGUCAGCAUAGAGCAUCGCUCUGGAGUUUGCGGCAAACAUCAAACUUCCAAUUGCAAUUGCUUUGAGCCCUCGUGCUUUCAAUUGCUUUACGCUGGCGAAGCCUGCGAGGAUGAAUGCGUAGAGACUUGUCAGUGCAAAUUCGGCUAUGUGCGCAAGAGCAACGCGUGUGUUAGGAAGAGCAAAUGCUGCAAUGCAAAGUCAUGUUUGUCGAGCAAGGAGAAAAUUAUGUUGGAUGUGCGUACCAAAAGUGUGAAGCCAACGACGUCACAGCUGCCCCCGAUAAAGCCAGCAAAUUAUAAUGCAGAUGUGGGGCACACCCCAGCUCGACGAACUAAGUCGAUAUAGCCAUGUCCGUCCGUCUGUAUGAGCGCGUGUUUCUCAGCAACUAUAAGAGCUAGAGCAAUCAA